UGGCAGUGUAGCCUCUGUUCAGUUACCUUCACGAUGAGUAGUCCUAAGAUAAAAGAGAUCUCUCGCCCAGAGAUUGAGAACCUUGGCAUGAAUGCCGCAUCGAUCUCAGAUGUCAGGCAUCUGUUGUCUUAUAACUGGAUUGAUGCAUCCGUCCCCACCAUUGCCGUCCCGGGAAGAAAACCCCACUCUGGUCUCCAACCAGUACUCACCAAAGGGUAUUUAAAUGAGUGUCAAACUACGUCCAGGAGUUCAUUAGGGCAUCGUGAUUCUCUAGUGUUGUAGAAUAAGGUCCAACAGGUGCCGUGAGAAACAAAAUGAUGUGUGCUGUGAGAUUGGUGGGUACCUUAUCUAGGAGACUGACGUCAGUUGAUUGCGGUUUCCGGUAGAAGUAUUUCCCUGUGGAAUGAGGUUUCCGCUGGUGAUGUUAGUUAAUUCUAGUCCUG